ACCCGAACCCCAACAACAAAACUAGUCUUCUUUACCAAAUUCUCAUUCUCUCUCUCUCUGUCUCUCUCUCUCUCCGAUUUCGUGAAUUUUGCGGCAGAGAGCGAAGAUGAUGCACAUGACCUUCUACUGGAGCAAGGAGGUGACUCUCCUCAUCAAUUCAUGGCGGACAAAUUCAUGGUUAAGCUAUUCUCUCUCUUUGCUUGCUUGUUUCAUCGUCUCCGUUUUCUACCAGUAUUUGGAGAAUUAUCGAAUCCGUUUGAAGCUUCUUCAGUGUCCGAAGCCGUCGCCGUCGGAGAUCGAGGCCCCUCUCCUUCGAUCUAAAGUCGCUGGGAAGUUUCAGGCUUUGAGAUUUGCCGGAGCUCUGUUUUUCGGAGUCAACUCAGCGAUAGGUUACCUUCUUAUGCUCGCGAUUAUGUCCUUCAAUGGCGGAGUUUUCGUUGCAAUUGUCUUUGGGCUCGCGAUAGGUUAUUUGGUGUUUAGGAGCGACGAUGAGGAUGUUAUUGUUAGUGUUGAAAAUCCCUGUGCAUGUGCUUAGAAUCAACAAACAGAUAAGAUCAGAAUGAAACGAUUGCUAUAUCUGCUCCUUUCAAUUACGAAUAGGUUUCUUCCAUCGUGUUCGUUUCUUGCAUAAUCGAUUGGCUCUGUUGUUCAA